AUGUCACAUAAUUCAUUAAAUAAAUAUUUUAUAUUACCAAUUCCUUAUAGUGGGCACCCUUAUAUAUUGCUUGGAAAACGAAUUUAUCACUGCCAUCAAGGUAAAGAUAUUGAUGCUAAAAAAAAAGAAAGAUACCAAAUGGAAAAUGAUGCUCUUCGUAUUAGUGAUUAUAUGUACAAAAAAUCGCGUAAGUACACGCAACCAACAAAAAAAAUGGAUUUUCCUGUGUCUUUUUCUGUUAAAAAAAUCAUGAUCUUUUAUGAAACUAAAUUGCCUAAAAACAAUAAGUAUAAUCGAACUAACGCAGGAAGGCAGUUAAAAGAGCAGUUUAUAGCAGCAAGAUCAAAAAGUUCUCCUCAAAUUGGACAACUUGUUUAUUUGUUGAAGUGGCCUACUGAACCACAUGAAAAUCAUAACAUUAGUGAAGCAGCUGGUUUGAUAGAACCGUUAGACAAAAGAGUAAAUAAUUUUUUACGAGAACAGAUAAGAAGUGGUUGUAAGGGCAUAAGAGAUUUAGAGAGUAUAGCUGAAGGAUAUAUUAAUCUAGUUAUUUUACCGACGUUUAGCGACAACGAUUUUCACCGACGCCAAUAUACACCUUCUCGAAGAAAACUUAAAAAUAUUAUUAUAUCCGAAAAGCUGAAAAAUCGAUAUGCCGAAGGUGACAUAUGGUUUGAGGGUUUAAGCAAGCGCAUCGAAGCUCAAACAGUGGAAAACGACAUAGAUUCGCAAAGUGACGAAGAGGUCGAAAAAGUAAUUAAAAAUCUUGCAACUCAUAAUACAGAUGGUAAAAUGGUUUUUGUUUAUCAGUCUGAAAAAAUGAAACGGUUGUAUCGAAGAUAUGCAGAGCAUUUUAUAUGUUUAGAUGCAACAUAUAAAACUACAAAGUAUUCCUUGCCUUUACUUUUUUUAGUUGUCAGGACUAAUGUAAAUUUUCAAGUGGUUGCAAUUUUUGUGUUGCAAGAAGAGACGCAAGUCAUGAUUAUAAAAGCUUUGACAUUAAUAAAAUCAUGGAAUCCUGAUAUUGAGCCUAAAUAUGCAAUGGUUGACUUUGACGAACAAGAGAUUUAUUCGCUAGAAUCAGUUUUUCCUAACAUUAAGGUUAAAAUAUACUUGCGUCGUAUAGCGCAUUCAGAAAAUGUAGAAGCCCGAGUUCUUAUCUUGGGAAUUCUGUUUCACGGAACGUGGUUACCAGAGAUAAAAAGAUGGUGUCUGGCUUAUAGACCUGAUGACAUAAUGUUUAAUAAUACCAACAAUGGCACUGAGCGAUUAAACGAGGAUCUAAAAUACGACGACCUUGCUAACUACAAAUAUUGCUCACUCAGUGAGAAGCUUACAGUUGUUAUUGAAAACUUCAUACCAAAGCAUUAUCGUAAAUACGUGGAGUUGAACGUAAGGUACAUUGAAGGUUAUAAAAAAUAUAAUGAAGGAGUGCCGUGGUAUUUUCGAAAUCGCCCAAAACAACUAGUAAAUAUUUUAUUGAAUAAUAAAAGCAAAGUAACAUCUUCAAUGGUAAAUUCAGUAAAAAGAAUAGACCCGAUAACAUUCGGGGUCAAUAGUUCCGAAGUUAAAACUAAUAACAUUAAAGAUUAUAUUGUGUGCAUAGGUAACGUGGAUAAGAAUUGUUCCUGUUCUUGUUCAGAUUAUCGUCGUCAUCGAAUAAUUUGUAAACAAUUUUUUGCCGUGUUUAAAUCUGGAUUGUCAACAUUUGGAAAUCUUACUACCAAGUUUCUCAAUCAUAGUUGGUCCGUUCUAGAUCCCGAAAUUUUUGUUAACUCGUCAAAGAAAGAAGCUCAAUGUAAUACAAAACCAACUGAGAACAAAAACGAGCUGCAGAUAGACGAUGAACUAAAUAGUAUUUCUAAUGACAACAAUAUUUUUGACUUACAAGUCAACAAUUUUGAUAAUAAAGAUAAGAGUAAACAAUUAAUUAACAAGCAUUACGCGAAUGACUUCAAAACACGCCAACCAAUUUCAAAAUGUUAUCAAAUCGAUUCGCGCUCUAAAUUAAAAAGAUUAAUGGAUUUAACCUAUCUUGUUAAAGAUGAAAAUAUUUUGGAUCAUAUGAACACAGACUUAGAUACCAUUACAGCAAAAACAAAGCAUCCAUUUAGUGCAAGGUGUGGGCAGACAGCUGAAAUGAUGAAACAAUGUUACAGAGCAAAUCUGGAGCUCAAUACUGACUCCUCUGAUCAAGAGGGCAUCAUCAUUGAAAUUUGCGAAGAAGAAAAACAGCAUGUUAAAGAUAAGAUGGAAACUGGAGAAGAAGAGUUGGUAAUUACUCAAUUAAAAAAAGGGAGACCGGGAGAACUUAAGUUUUAUCGAUUUUAUUCAAUAUUCGACUCCAAUAUGGAAAAAGUAAUACAAAGUGGUGAUUGGUUAACCUGUAAUGAAAUUAACUAUGCUCAAAUUUUGCUCUACAAGCAAUUUCCGUUUGCGGAAGGCUUGGAAGAUACUGGGUUAGGUUCUUUGCAUAAAAUGUCCAAACUAAAGUCAAGUAGGAUACAAAUAAUCUACAGUAACAACCAUUGGAUAACAUUUGCGGCAGAAACAUCGAAUAAUAUUAAAGUUUUUGACUCUUUACCUAGUAAUCCUUUACACCAUACCUCAAUUAAACAAAUUGUCAUGUUGUAA